CAUAGCCGGCACUAAACCGCGCAUGUCCAUUACGACAAUCCACCAGUACACAUACCGAAUAAACACACAUACAUAAAAAGCUCGCGACGACGCUUUCGAGGGGCUGCGCCAUCGGGCCAAAAGGUAGUUUGCAAUGAUGCCACCACCCUGACGUACCAACCAUUCGUGACACUCCGCGCCGUCGACGUCGACUACCUAAAAACGACCCUAAAACCAUUGGAAAAAAAAAAAAAUAUAAUAAAAUAAACGAUAACAAAAUAAAUCUCGAUUCCCACCCUCUUACAUAAAUAAUGACACAUCUUUACAUAAGCAAGAGUAUAAACCGAGUGUUGAAACAAUUCAUCUGAUGACUGGAAAAUUGGUCAACUCCCCGACGAGAACGAGGAAUUGAUGAAGACGGGGCACGUGGCGGUUGAAAUGGCGGUGCGAGAGUUGGUGAGAGUGAGACGAGUUGUUUGAGUGUCAGGAUGCAGCAGCAGCAGGGCCCAACGGGCCCAGCAAAUGGAGUUGCUGGUGGGGGGGCACCACCUGGUAGCAUCAGUCCCCCCCAGGUGAGUCCCGCAAGUGGCACCACCACCACCAAUCGCACGCAGGUUAAUGGCGGGAGAUUUGAUUUUGACGAUGGUGGUACUUAUUGCGGUGGAUGGGAGGAUGGCAAGGCCCAUGGACAUGGGGUGUGCACUGGGCCCAAGGGACAGGGCGCAUAUUCCGGCAGCUGGCAUUAUGGAUUCGAGGUGUCAGGGGUCUACACGUGGCCCAGUGGAUCAGCGUAUGAAGGCCAAUGGCAAAAUGGAAAAAGACACGGUCUGGGCAUGGAAAUGCGUGGGAGAUGGCUCUACCGAGGGGAGUGGACCCAGGGAUACAAAGGUCGAUAUGGGGUCCGACAAUCGACAACAUCAACUGCGAGAUACGAGGGUACAUGGGCGAGUGGUCUCCAGGAUGGUUACGGCUCUGAAACCUACGCCGACAGUGGUACUUACCAGGGUCAGUGGCUGCGAGGUAUGCGACAUGGAUACGGAGUGAGGACUAGUGCACCAUUUGGUCUUGCCAGCCACUACAAACCACCGAAACAACAGAUUCGUGCCUCAUUGACAUCUCUGAGAAGUGCCGACGGUGCAUCAGUGACGGCACCAACUCCAGAGCCGACGGACCGCCGAGAUCGUCGGGUGGACGACAGCCGAGGUGGAUUUGUCCUCAAGGCACGGAGUGAUGAUCCACCCGCACGUCGGAAAAGCCUCAAUGAGAAGUCCCUGAAAAAAGGAUUAUUAUCGGGCUUGAAGAUCCGGAAGCAACGGAGUACAAGCGAUCUCGAAACCAGAGGAACCGGUGGAAGCAUAAGGAGCAAUGCAAGCUCAGCCUCAUGGAUGUCAACCGAGAGCUCGCAGAGCCAAGCAUCAGCAUCAGUCCACACCGACAGCAAUGCAUCCUUUGUCAUCGAGGAUGAGCAAAUGGACGCCUCAGUAACCGAGACGUACCUCGGUGAAUGGAAGAACGACAAGCGCACAGGCUUUGGAAUAUCAGAGCGAAGUGAUGGUCUUCGUUACGAGGGCGAGUGGUUCAAUAAUCGAAAAUACGGUUACGGCGUAACGACAUUUCGAGACGGUAGCAAAGAGGAGGGAAAGUACAAGAACAACGUGCUGAUAACAUCCCAGAAGAAGAAGCAAUUAUUCCUGAUGAGAUCGGCGAAAUUCCGUGAGAGGAUAGAGGCGGCAGUGAAUGCAGCCCAGAGAUCGAGUAAAAUGGCCCUCCAGAAGGCAGAUAUUGCGAUAUCGAGAACAGCAACAGCUCGGGGUAAAGCAGAGCUAGCUGAUUUGGCUGCUGAACAUGCAAGACAGGAUUCUGAACUCGCUCAGCAGACGGCUAAACAAUUUGCCCCUGAUUUCCGUCAACCUGGACUGGAGAGGCUGAAGCACAGGGAAAUACCGAAGUACGUUCCACCACCUCAGGAUGCAAUGCCAACCAAAAGCAUAUUGUCCAAGGGAAAUAAUCCAAGUGGUGAUCAGAUGACAGUAAAGCCAACUGAUGUCGAUGGAAAUGCACCGACACCUCAGUCCAUCAGUCAGAGUGUCAAUCAGUCGAUAAGACGUGCAAGCAUGAAACCAGGACACAAUCAGAGCAAUCCUGGACCAGUCCAGAAUCAAAUCGCUAAUCCUGCAUUAUCCAAUGCUUUUAAUCAGCCUCCCAAUCAUCUUAUGAAUAGUUUACCGAAUCAGUAUGACUAUGGUGGUGCUAGUGGUGAUAGUGGACAAUUUGGACAGUCUGGAGCCAGUCAGUUUCAACAGGGGUAUGAUAAUCUCAAUAGUCAGGGGAUGCAGAAUUUUCCUGCACAGUAUCCACCGCAUUAUCCUAAUACUCAGAUUCCCAUACAGUCUCCGGCGAUGUACGAGACAAUGAUUGAAUCCACGAGUAAUCAAUUCACAUCGAAUUUUUACGGUGUGUCACCAACGACUAAUCAAUACGGAUCUGGACAGAAUUCCUACAAUCCUCAGGGAUACGGCGUGCAGCCAAUGAAUCCACAGCAAAUGCCUCAGAUGCCUCAGAUGCAGCAGAUGCAGCAUACGCAGCAAAUGCAACAAAUCCAGCAGCAGAUGCUGUAUCAAAGUGACCAGACGAGUGUGGAUCCACAGAGGUCACAGGUUGGGGCUAGUAUACGAAGAAAUAGUCGAGUUCUUAAUCAACAGGACAGGCCUGGACCUGCCAUUGGACAAACUCUCAAUGACAGAUUGGAUCACUACAAGAGACCUCCUAGUCGUGAUAGUUCGGUCGAUCGAUAUCGCGUUCCAAGUCGAUUAAUAGGAUCCAGACAACCCUCUGUGGACAAGAGUGUCACCUCCCAGGACGGUGUAGAAAGGACGGCGAGAGGAGCAAGUCUAAUGCGAUCACCAACUCCUCUGAAUGGAUCUGCAUUUGGAAGUGGUGCAGCAACUCCGAUAUAUACUCCUCCCUCAUCGAGUCAAUUCGAGAGUGCAUUCAGAAGUCGUGGAAUGGGACAGGAGGUGAUUCCAAGUGGUUCCCAGCCAAAACGCACUGAGAGCCUUUACGUGACACCAGGACGUGCACCAGGAAUCUCCGGUGGUGGUGGUGGUGGGGGCGGUGGCGGAGGGGGUGGCACAAGGGACACGAGCAGGACGGUCCCCGCCUUCGCCGCAACUACACAAGGCCGCGCUACUUUAUGAGUAUAAGUACCCUAAAACGUUAACUAACAAUUCAAGAGAUAAAAUUCAUCGAUCAAACAAACGUCCCCCUGCUAAUCGAAUUUCACUCGCACUGAGAGAACAAACAACAUCCCAGGAUCAGUAAUUUCAGUGUCAAACGGAUGAGGAAGUUAAAUCGAAUUUCAUACCUCUCAGUUAAUUACCGAUUUAUCUGGAAAUGUGGUGAUUCUAGGAGGAAACAUUAAAGGACUUUUUUGUAGUCGAUUUAAUCAUCGGUAAAAAAGGUCUUUUGGCAUUUUCUUUUAACACCAAUAGUUUUUCAGAUUCAUCGAUAUUUAACAAAGCCUGAAUUUCUCCUAGAAUUGUUCCUCGAUUUAAUCAGGAAACACUCGAGGCAUGAAUGGGCAAUUUGCUGAGUAAUUAAUUCCUGCUUAGAGUAAUUUUCAUUUAUCUCAGUGUUCUACAGCUGUGAAGGAUUUUAUUUGUUCUCGAACCAAAGCUUAAAAUGUACCUGGUAAAAGUUAUGAGCGUUGAGUGCCCCCUGAAUUGUUACUCGCGGUAUUGUUCACCGGAGAAACAAAUAUUGCACCUGUAUUUUUCUAAUCGAAUGAGUACAACAGAAAUUUAAGAAAAAAAAUAACGAAAUAUGACAGUGAGCCGUCCGAUUGUUGUGUGAACCACUUCAGUACUGUUAAAAAAUAUUCACUGAAUUUUCCUGGUUUUGCCUUUGAAUUAUUAAACAAUUGGAAGUUCGUCUUUCAAAAAAUGUCUUAAUUAGAAAUUCAUGGCAAUUGCACGAUUAUAAAAAUGACGGCAAAAAAUAUAAUUGGCUUUUCAAUUUCCUGAAAUCCGAGAGUAAUUUUGAACUUUCAUGUUUCAAUUACUUUCAAUUAUCUCACGAAAAUUAAUGAACGUCAACGAAUUUUUCCUUUGAGCUUGAAUU